GUAAUCAGUGUGUUGCAUGUGUUUGUUUCCUUGUGAAAUUUCAGAAAGAUCCUCUCAGGAUUUUCUAUGAGUUUAUAUGAGCAAGUUCCCACAAGCGAAAUGUCACAAGUCUGUGCUACAAGACCAAAAAUCUACUUUUGUGGAAGCUUUGAACUUUAACUAUGGGAAACCUUAUGAUCAAAUGACAAGAACAGCGAAGGAAACACGGAGCAUAAAUUUCGAGAAAGAAAAUCAAGCUCUAAGUCUAUAUCUGAUAGAGAAACCAUGUUGUCAAGUACAAAAACGAAUUCCAGCGACACAAAAAGCGUCAAAAGUAACAUGGUUUCACCAAGAACAGCCAAACUUAUUACGCCACCUUCACGAUCUCCUGCUCCAGUAUCAGCACCAGCGCCAGCACGUGUUGAAAAGGAAUCCAAUUUUCGCGGGAAAAACACUUCCUUCUUAGCAAGGGCAGUGAUAAAAACAAUGGAGCUCAUCAUAAUGGAUGAUCAUACUACUCAUGAAAUUUGAUAUUUUGUAACUAAGUAUAUAAAAGAAGUAGAUAUGUGACACUUGUUGGAAUUGCAAUUCUUAUUUACUUGUUAUGACUUUAC